GAAGCAGAAGUGGAAAAACAAAUUAAGAAAAAGAAAGAAAAACCAAAAUGACACGUGGGCAUAAAUGGGCCCGGCGGAUUCAGUCAAUUCAGUCUCUCACCCUUUACAUCUCUCUCUGUUACCUCUGAAGAAAAGAAAAGAAGAAAAGAAAAAACGUUAAUGUCUGUAGCACCUCUGUUAGAACCACGAACACCAGUUUCUUCUGUAUUUUGUCUUCGAAAUAACUGAGUUCCAAUCUCUCUUAACCUUGUUUCUUUUGACUUCCUCGUAACAACAUCGUGAUCUUAGGGAUCAAGAAUAAAAUCGGAGGUUUCAACAAAUAAUUUAAUGGGGAUACUUACUAUUUAGUUCAAAAUUUUAGGUUUCUUUAAACAACAAAAUGUCAGUUGCGGAGCUAAAAGCGCGCCACGUAGCGGCGACUGAGACGGUUAAUACUCUUAGAGAACGCUUAAAGCAGAAGCGCCUCCUUUUGCUCGACACUGAUGUUGCUGGAUACGCGAGAGCCCAGGGGAAGACUCCGGUGAGCUUCGGUCCCACCGAUCUGGUUUGCUGCCGGACACUUCAAGGACAUACUGGCAAGGUUUAUUCUUUGGAUUGGACUGCUGAAAAGAAUCGAAUUGUCAGUGCAUCUCAAGAUGGGCGGUUGAUAGUGUGGAAUGCUCUUACGAGCCAGAAAACUCAUGCUAUAAAAUUGCCUUGUGCAUGGGUCAUGACUUGCGCUUUCUCUCCAACUGGUCAGUCUGUUGCUUGUGGUGGUCUUGAUAGUGUUUGCUCUAUAUUCAACCUGAAUUCACCAACCGAGAAGGAUGGGAAUCUGCCAGUGUCAAAGAUGCUUAGUGGGCAUAAGGGUUACGUUUCCGCAUGUCAGUAUGUACCAGAUGAGGACACUCACCUAAUCACAAGCUCCGGUGAUCAAACUUGUGUUCUGUGGGAUAUUACUACAGGUCUUAGAACUUCUGUGUUUGGAGGAGAAUUUCAGUCUGGACACACAGCUGAUGUGCUCAGUGUUUCAAUUAAUGGAUCAAACUCGAGAAUGUUUGUAUCUGGUUCGUGUGAUUCAACUGCCCGACUGUGGGACACUCGUGUUGCAAGUCGAGCUGUGCGCACUUUUCAUGGGCACGAGGGAGACGUUAGUGCUGUUAAAUUCUUUCCAGAUGGCAAUAGAUUUGGAACAGGCUCAGAUGAUGGAACCUGUAGGUUGUUUGACAUUAGGACUGGGCACCAGUUACAAGUAUACUAUCAGCAGCAUAAUGACAAUGAGGUUCCUCAUGUGACCUCCAUUGCAUUCUCCAUAUCAGGAAGACUUCUCUUUGCUGGAUAUUCAAAUGGCGAUUGCUAUGUUUGGGAUACAUUAUUGGCACAGGUUGUUUUGGACUUGGGAUCUCUGCAGAAUUCACAUGAGGGCCGUAUAAGCUGUUUGGGCUUGUCUGCAGAUGGAAGUGCCUUGUGUACAGGAAGUUAUGAUACAAACCUAAAGAUUUGGGCUUUUGGAGGUCAUAGGAAGGUGAUUUGAGAAGAAAAUGAGUGUCCAUCUGCAGUCAUCUAAAGGCUCAUGGGUUCCUGCUAUAAGGAUUGCCUUACGCUUGCUUCCUUGGUGGAUUCAAAUGUAUUCUCAGUUAGUUGAUGUGAAGAAACCAUGAUACUAUUGCUUCUAGUAAUCCUUAAUGUGAAAACUGAGCUUUAAAGGAAGAAGAGGGAAAAUGUUGACCGUGCGAGAGGCCAUUUAUUUA